AUGUUGAAAUUUAAGAUUUCCGUCGCUCUGUUAUUAGCCUGUGUGGCCUUUGCGGCAGCCACACCCGUUAUACCCCCCAUUGGCGAUGAAGAAGAAAUCGUAGAGGUAGACUCAAAUAACUUGGGCGAGUUUCGGUUGUCACCUUCUAAGGAUGUCAUCGAUUUGAGUUUCUAUGGCAUGGCCCUUUUUGGGGAACCCGAUGUUCAGGACACUGCCCGUUUGGUGGCCAAUUAUAGUGCGGACACUGCAUUAGUUAAUCCCGAGGAAUUGGGUUCCUAUUUGGAGGGAGACAUAUUGGUGCCCAAGCAGGGCGUGAUAGUCAAAAAUGGUCUCACCACUCAAAGUUCCCGCUGGCCCAAAGGCAUAGUGCCCUAUGAAAUUCGUGGCAAUUUCAAUGGCCAGGAUAUGGCCAUAAUUGAACAUGCCAUAGCCGAGUAUCAUCGUCGCACCUGCAUUCGUUUUGUGCCGCGAACCUCACAACAAGAUUACAUUUCCAUAGUUAGUGGUAAUUCAGGCUGCUGGUCUUCGGUGGGCCGCGUGGGUGGCAAGCAGGAGGUUAAUCUGCAAUCGCCUGGAUGUUUGACCAAACCGGGCACUACCAUACAUGAAUUGAUGCAUGCUUUGGGCUUCUUGCAUGAACAGAAUCGUGAGGAACGUGACUCCUAUGUAAAUAUCCAAUAUCAGAAUAUUCAACCCAGUGCCAAGUCAAAUUUCGAUAGAGCUUCCCGGACUUUGGCCUUUGGGGUGCCCUAUGAUUAUGGCAGUGUUAUGCAUUAUUCGGCCAAUGCUUUCUCCACCAAUGGUCGUCCCACCAUAGUGGCAGUGCGUUCUAUGGGUAACUCAGUAAUGGGGCAACGUGAUGGAUUUUCCAGCAUGGAUGUGGAAAAAUUAAACAAAAUGUAUGAUUGUGGUUAUAGUUCAGCGGCUGCUCCCAAUCCUGCAUCUGUGCCUGUAGGCGGUGGAAUGGGUACUGCAGGUGCUGUGGAUAAUUCCCUUGUGAAUAGCUUCAUCAAUGGCAUCAUGACAGGUUUGGGCUAUGGAGAUGAUCCUACGGCUUGAACUUCUUGAAAACGAAAAUUAUAUGGAGUACA